AAGAAACACCGUCCUAGUGAAGAUAUGUCAGAGUCAAACUUAUCUAAAAGUGAUUUGGAAGAACUUUGCCGUGCCUUUGGUGUAUCUACGAACGGUGUAAAGGCUGACCUGGUGCAAAGCUUAAAACAAUUUUCGACGGAAGCAAGCAAAAAUUUGGACAAUGUUGAAGGAACGGGCGAAACAGGCGUGGGAACAUUUGACAUCGAUGAGUCAGAAAAUCACAUGUAUGGAGAUGAUCUUGAUAUCGACCCAGAAGCAAGAUUGUUAAAGAAAUUAGCAUAUAGAUCAAAAGGGAAAUCGAAACAUUUAACCUCAAAUAAUGAUUUGGAAGAUCCAAAUACCUCUCAAGCACAUGUAGAAGAGUGUUUAAAUCAGAACAAACGUCAAUAUUCUAAAAUGAACUUGGACAAUCCAUUGGGAAAUUUGGUUUUAUCCGAAUUUAAAAAAUUAGAAAAUGUAAUGACAAAUUUUAAUAAUAGACUAAAUUCUGUGACGAUGCAGGUACAAGAUACACGUUAUAGGGCUGAAAUAAAUGAAGCUUGGUCAACAUGUAAGUUUGAAAAGCCUCGGGACCAACAUGAAUACGAUUCUUUAUGCACAAUUGGAACCGAACUCGACUUGGCUAUGGAAUCAAGAAAUUUUUCGGAUAUUAUAAGCCAUAUUGAAAAGGCCUGGGAGUCUGUAGCAAAUCAAAAUCGUGACUUCACGUUUCGGAAACCAAAUAGUCAAGACAAACCUCAACAUUUUUACCAAAAUUCUUAUCAGAAUUCUUACCAGACUCCUUACCCAAAUCAUCGUGGUGUGGGGCUUUGGACACUUCGCAAACGCCUGCCUCUCCGAUCCAUACCACAACACCCAACACCAGCAAGAACACACCUUUAA